GGGGAGACGGAGUUAAAAAUACAGGACUAUACUGAAGACUAUGCAUUUCAGAAUGAAGGAUAUGGCAGUACUCAUGCUGGCACUCUGUUGUUGUCUGUCUGGGACCCAGGCUCAGGGAAACAAUGACAACCAGAAAACCUGCUGUCUAUCUGACACUUGUUCCCUGGCAAAAGAACUAGUAUCUAUUGGAGAGAAACUAGGAACCAUGGUGGAGAAACAGGGAACUAUGGGGGAUAACCUGAGACUCAUGGAGACCAGGUUACAAACCAGCGAGAAGGAAGUGGAGGAGCUGAAGAGAUUAACUGCAGGCCAGCCUAAGGUGGCCUUUUCUGCAACUCUCCGAGAGUCAGGUUCUGGGGACACUGGACCUUUCAAGACUCCGACUCCUCUUCAGUACAAGAAGGUCUUCUCAAACACCGGAAACUCCUACAACCCAGCCACAGGUGUCUUCGCUGCCACAGUGAAAGGGAUGUACUAUUUCCGUUUCACCAUGAUGAACAACCUAAAUUCUACUCCUAAUUCUGUGGUGUGUCUCACUAAGAACGGCCAGAGGCUGGUGUCUGUCUGGGACACUGCAGGAAAUGAUUCCCAUGACAGUGGCAGCAAUGCAGUGGUCAUUCCCCUGGAGGUGGGAGAUCAGGUCUAUGUUGAGUUGCAGGCUGAGAGGGUGAUCUAUGAUGACACCAUGUUCUACAACACAUUCAGUGGCUUCCUGCUCUUCACCAUGUAAACAUGAAACACACUCCAGGAGUUCAUAUGCAGAAUGUGUUUAUAGUUUAUUUAGGUUUAGAAGGAGUGUCUGAUAAAGCAUGAAAAACAUGAUAACAUAAUAUAUCAUUGUUACAUGAUAAUAAAGAAAAUAUUGUCGACUCA